GCUGAGUCUGACUUCUGUUUUCUUCUCAUACACACAUUUUGGGAAGCAGGGGUCGUUUUUAAAUGUCUGCCCGGGUUUUUCCUACAUAUUUCAGACUGUGUGAAGUCUGAUUCCUGCUCCUUGUGUGUCUCCGUCCAGCAGAUGUCAGAGGAGACCAGCUUCCUGUCUGCUGAGACUUUGUCCUGCAGCUAGACGUCAACAAACCUCCCACUCCCACUGAAGGAAAACACACACAGACACACACACACGGAGCUACACACCGCCCACAUCGAGAGCUGAACAACAGGGCAGCAGCUGCACCAGUGGAGCUGAAGAGAAGCAGCAGUUAACUCCAUAAGAAGUGUGUCCGAUGGGUGGCUCCUCCACUCGUCUCUACAGCGACCUGACUCCGACCCUCAGCUCCUCCGUCCCUCCGUCCCUCCACACUGAAGACUCAAACCUGGAUCCAGACUUCUGCCAGGAGCAGAAGGGGUCCCCGUUAUGUCCCCCCGACCCCGUGGAGCUGCUGCGUCAGUGUGAGGAGGCCCUCAGGGACCGAGCGCCGCGCCUCCACAGGAAGUUCACCCAGCUCACAGAUGGAGACAGCGCCCCCCGCAGACCCAUCAGGGUGAUGCAGUGGAACAUACUGGCCCAAGCUCUGGGCGAGGGUCUUGAUAACUUUGUCCAGUGUCCCCCGGAGGCCCUGAGCUGGUCCCGGAGGAAGUACCUGAUCCUGGAGGAGAUCCUGAGCUACCGGCCCGACAUCGUGUGUCUGCAGGAGGUGGACCACUACUACGACACGCUGCAGCCGGUGCUGGCCGGUCUGGGCUACAGCAGCAGCUUCUGCCCCAAGCCCUGGUCUCCAUGUCUGGACGUGGAGGGAAACAACGGGCCCGACGGCUGCGCCCUCUUCUACGACCAGACACGCUACGAGCUGCUGGACACCAGCAACAUACGCCUCUGUGCCAUGAGGAUCCCAACCAACCAGGUUGCCGUGGUGACGAUGCUGCGCUGCCGGACCUCGGGCAGGUGUGUGUGCGUGGGCGUGACCCACCUGAAGGCUCGCUCCGGGUGGGAGUGGCUCCGCAGCGCUCAGGGCUCCGACCUGCUGCGCCACCUGCAGACUCUGGUCCAGAAACAGGACUCCUCCUCCCGCGACGUCCCCCUGCUCGUCUGCGGAGACUUCAACGCCGUCCCGUCGGAGGAGGUGUACCGCCGCUUCAGCACCUCCCCCCUCAGCCUGGACUCCGCCUACAAGAAGCUCAGCGAGGACGGUUUAACCGAGCCGGAGUUCACCUCGUGGAAGAUCCGUCCGACGGGGGAGUGCUGCACCACCCUGGACUACAUCUGGUACAGCCCCGGCGCUCUGAGGGUGGACGCCGUUUUAAACAUGCCCACCGAGGAGCAGAUUGGACCCAACAGGCUCCCGUCCUUCAGCUACCCCUCCGACCAUCUGUCUCUGGUCUGUGACUUCAGCUUUAAGGAGGAGGAGGAGUGAGAAGGAGGCGAUGAAGAAGGAGAAGAAGAAGAAGAAGAAACAAGAAGGGACGACACAGAAGAGUCCAGAUCGGCUCGUUGGUUGGACGCUCGGCAGGACGAAGGCGCCAGACGAGACGCCACGAGACGGAGACGACGGAGACACAAAGAGGACAAAGUGGGAAGCUGUGACUUCAUGUUGACUUCAUGUUGACUUCAUGUUGACUUCAUGUUGACUUCAUGUUGAAGUCAGAUAACGAAGGAAACAAACGUUGCAGAGAGACGAGCUGCAGCAACAGUCUACCUCCCGUCUGUCUCUCUGUACUCAAACACAACCUGCACGGUGGAUCUAAAGUUCUUUGUUUAUAUUUAAUAUAAAUAUAUAUGACAAUAAUCCUGACAUCCAAAUGUUUUGUUGAACCUGUAGUAAAUGUUGUGCUUCACACUGCCGAUGUUCUACAGAGGAACUGGGAAUAAAAUGUGUUUUUGCUGUA